CAUAAAAAUAAGAAGACGCAUUCAAGGACCAUGCCUGUGACGUUAGAAAAAGGCGUAUUCUUCACCAGAUACAUCCGUAAAAAAUGUACAGCUCCUGGACCACCACGUGGGCUACCGAUUCUUGGUAACCUCAUCCAGGUGUUUGACAAACAAGUGUUCCUAAAACUAUGCGAUUGGCAAAAGGAGUUUGGAGAUGUCUACAAAUUGAAUCUGUUUACCGAAGAAGUUGUUGUGGUGAAUGGAGAUGCCAUUUAUGAUGUCUUGGUUACGAGCGGGGAUGAUUAUGGUGGGCGAGUCCAGGGAGCACGCACUAAAAUCUACUCCAACGGAUUUAAAGCUAUUGCUGCUAGGCAACCUGAUAAAGAAUGGAAGGCCAUGCGGAAGAUUACUCAAAAAUGUUUGAAGCAGUACGGAGAAGGCGUGGCCAACAUCGAGCGUAUCAGUAUGGAAGAGAUUCGUGAAUGCCUUGAUAAGUUCGAUAGAACAGAAGCAUUCGAUCCAUAUGACGCCAUUAACGAUAUGGUUAUUGGAAUCAUUAUAAUAGUUUCAAUGGGUGUGAAACUGAGCGCCGAUGAUUCGUUACAUCAGAAGAUCAAACGUGUUGAAAAAUUGACCCCUUUUGCAUUUGGGGU